CACAAGAACAAUUUUUUUAUUACAGUAAAUGGAUUACAACCUUUGCAAAAUGGAUGACCUUUUGAGUUUCUACAGUUUCGUCGGACCGACCGAAUGGCACCUGCAGUUGCGUUGGAAUACACGAAAGCAAAGCGGCUGAAGAGAAGUUCACAGGUCCUUUCUUCCAAAGCAAAGGGGAAACCACCGAGAUCCUCUCAAGGAUAUCGUUCCGGCUCCAUCCCUGAUUGCCAGCAUGAUUCCAAGAAAAUGGUUGAAUCUGACGGUUCUGGCAGUGCAAUACGUGCUAAUUCCUCUGGCAAUUCCAGUUCUCCAAAUAGGAAGAAACGCAUAGAUGUAAAUGUGGACAGAUGCAAUGGCUUCAAUGCCCCACUGAAGGUGAUUUCUUUGUCGAAGAAAUCUGGUUCCAAAAGCAAGACACCGAGAUUAAGAUCAGAGCCAGAACAUUUUCAGAUGGUCCGAAAGAAAGUGCCCUCGAAGAGUGUGACAACUGUUGGCAUUAGCUCUUCAUCUUCGAUCAAUGGGAGUGAGAAGAUACGUGGUCAGAGCAUUGGCCCCCAGAUGACGGGUGGGUUAUCAGGGAAAUCUGUGCCUCAAAAAACAGUCCCCGUGAGUGACUUGCUGAUGAAACAAUGCGAGGCACUUCUCAAGAAAUUAAUGUCACACCAGUUUGCUUGGGUCUUUGACCAGCCAGUGGAUGCAGUGAAGUUGAAUAUUCCAGACUAUCACACUAUCAUUAAGCGUCCAAUGGAUUUGGGUACCAUCAAGAGUAAAUUAACCUCGGGUGCUUACUCCAGUCCGUGGGGUUUUGCCUCAGAUGUGAGGCUUACUUUCAAGAAUGCAAUGACAUAUAACCCACCCAAUGAUGAUGUCCAUAUCAUGGCUGUUGCAUUGAGCAAGUUCUUUGAAUCUCAGUGGAAACUUAUUGAAAAUAAGUCAGCUGCAGCAGAUGCACAUAUCGAAAAAGAAACCCAAUCAAAUAAGUCGGAGUUGUCCAAGAAAAGGAAAAUGCCUCCUACUGACUACAAUGGACCUGUGCCUGAGAGGAAAGAAUCCAAGAUGAUGGAUGAGGAGAAACAAAGUCUGAACAGAUGCCUGGAGUCUCUUUCGGCAGACCUAUCAGAUCACAAUAUCGAUUUUCUGAGAUGGCAUAGUGGCAAUAUGAAGCAGAGCAUUGAGGAAACCAAAAUUCAUAAUGAUUCCUUUUGUGAUGACAAACGGACGCUUUUGGAUAACUAUAUAAAGGAAAGAGAGGUGCAGCAACCGGCGAAAACUGAACGUGUGAAUGACACUGGUGUCUGCACCUCACUGAUGCAUCCUUGCAAAGGCAACGAUCUUGAUGAUGAGGAUGUAGAUAUCUGUGAUGAUGAUCCUCCCAUGCCUAGCUACCCGCCUUUGGAGCUACAAAAGGACUUAGGUGCUGCAACUACCGAUUACAGCAGUUCAAGUGGUUCCAGUAGUGAUUCAGAUUCUUCUAGUGACUCCAACAGUUCUAGUGGAAGUGAUUCAGAGGAUGAGGUUUCUAUUCCAAAAAGUGCUGCCGAGGAAAAUUCAGGAAAUAAGGCAUGUACCGAUCGAGAGAAAAGUGACAUAAGAAAGCCAUUUGUUGUAAAUAGUGAGUUCUCGAUAUGA